AUGUCACUAGAUGGAUAUUUCUCUGUUGAGUUUGAGAUCCGGUCUCCGGUGGAAAAAUUCUGUCAAGGUUACAUGGAGGUAGCGAAACCCCGUAACGACAAAGUUUCGUCGGACGUGCGGGAGGUUCUACCUUCAGGGAAGAGAAAGACUCAGUUAAGAAUGGAGGGAUUUCAGAUCUCGGAGUGGUUCAGGUCUCUCGCAAAACCUCUCGCCUACAGUACUAGUGAUAUGGCCAAGUCGCGAAACCCGGAUUACUACACGAAGCUCGAAGGAACCAUAACCGUCAUUCACACGGAAGGCAUUGAAGGUGGCCGCGCGAUAUGGACUCUACAGUAUGAGAAGAUUAGCUCUGACAUUAAGGACACACUAUUCAUCAUCGACAUUACUACAAUAUACUUUAAGCAGAUAGAUGAGAGAAUCUUCUCAAAUCUCUAG